AUGGACUCUAUGCACCCCGACCCCACCCCCGGUAUCCCCCCUUCCCUUCCAGACCUCAAGACCCAGGUAGCCCGUCUCGAGGCCUCUCACAAGGAGAAGGGCCUGCCUCUCUCUGGGCGCAUCAUCCACGUCAUGCACCAUCUCCCAGUCGAGAUUGUCCGUGUCGUUCCUGCCGAUGCGCUUGAGGCUGCAGGCAGCGGUGUCCUUUCCCCGCCCAUGACUCCCGAGUUCAAGCCUGAAGACGCCGAGACAACCGUAGAAAGCGCCAAGUGGCGUAUCCAUGCUAGGACUGCGCACCCCGCGCUGGUCUCUGGUAUCAAGAGCCUUUCAGACACCCACGACCAGGUGCUCGUUGCUUGGACGGGAGAGGUCCUGAUACAACCCGACAGCACGGCCAGCUCGCAGGCUCCUUCCAACAAGGGGACCUUCCCUUCCAUUGCCGAUACCCUUGCGGCACCCUUCUCGGGAGCCACUGAAGCCCCCCCACCUCCGCAGGAUGGCCCCCUGAUGGUCUUUGGUGGAGAGUUCAACGACACCGAUAGGAAGGAGCUCAAGUCGGAGCUCGACCGGUUCUCUCAGGCGGAGAGCGGAAAGGACACGUCCGAGAAACUGCAGUACAUUCCUGUUUUCCUUCCCCCAGAUGUCAGUAAGGGACAUUACGAGGGCUUCUGCAAGAAGACGCUCUGGCCUUUAUUCCACUACCUCCUUUGGCUCGACUCUACUGCCACCGUCCCAUCGCCCGACCCCUCAUGGCUCGCCUACGAGAAGACGAACCAAACAUUCGCCCAUGCUGUCGCCGAGGUCUACAGGCCUGGAGAUCUCAUCAUCUGUCACGACUACCACCUUCUUCUCGCCCCCAAGAUGAUUCGGGAGGCUCUUGGCCAGCCGACCGAAAUCAUGAUCGGCAUGUUUAUGCACACCCCCUGGCCAAGUUCGGAAAUCUUUAGGUGUUUGCCAAAGAGAAAGGAAAUCCUGGACGGUAUGCUCGGUGCCAACCUGGUCUCGUUCCAAACCUACUCUUACUCUCGACACUUUGUCUCCACCUGUAUCCGUGUCUGUGGUUACGAAUCCACACCCGGUGGUGUCGACGCCAACGGCCAGGUUACUGCUGUUGGCUACUGUCCUAUCGGUAUCGACAUCAAGCGUGUCAUUCACGAUCGCGACCAGGCCGGUGUCAUUCCCAAGAUGCAAGCCCUCCGGGCCUUGUACAAGGACAAGAAGAUCAUUGUCGGUCGCGAGAAGCUUGACGUUGCCAAGGGUGUUUAUAACAAACUCCAAGCGUUCGAAAAGUUCUUGCAGGUCUAUCCCGAAUGGAGAAACAAGGUGGUUCUGAUCCAAGUUACCACGCCGGCCUUGUCCGAGAGCCCCAAGCUCGAGCGAAUGACUGCCGAGUUGGUCAGCCAGAUCAAUGGUACUUAUGGUAGCUUGGAUUUCACUCCCGUGCAUCACUAUCACCAAGCGCUCGAGAAGGACGAAUACUUUGGCCUCCUCUCUGUCGCCGACUUGGCUCUCAUCACCUCUCUCCGAGACGGUAUGAACACUACCUCCAUGGAAUUCAUCCUCUGUCAAGACAAGACCGCCAAGUCUCCCCUCGUUCUGUCCGAGUUUAUGGGUACCGCCCCGUCCUUUGCUUCUGCGCUCCAAAUCAACCCUCACGACCUCUUGGGCGUUGCGCACGCCAUCAACAAGGGCUUGGGUAUGGGUGAGCAGGAGAAGGUUGAGAGGCACGCCAACUUGUUGGAAGGUGUCCUCGGGCACACUUCCCACACUUGGGCUGCUACCAUCCUCAAGCAACUCCUCGAAAAUGUUGGCGGGGAGCACACUGCUCACCAAACCCCUGCUUUGGACCUCGCCAAGUUUGUGGACGGGUACAAGAAGGCCAAGAAGCGUCUGUUGCUCUUCGACUAUGACGGUACUCUUACCCCUAUCGUCAAGGUCCCUGCACACGCUGUGCCUACCGAACAGACCCGAAAUGCCAUCGCCGCUCUUGCCGAAGACCCCAAGAAUGUUGUCUACUUGAUCUCUGGUCGCGAUGGUGAUUUCCUUGAGGAGCAUUGGGGCCACCUCGAGCGGUUGGGUAUGUCUGCCGAACACGGAAGCUUUGUCAAGCAGCCUGGAGAGGAUGGAUUUAUCAACAUGACCGAGUCGCUCGAUAUGAGCUGGAUGAGCGAAGUGGAAGAAAUCUUCAAGUACUACACCGAGGCAAGUUUGCUGGCAUCAACCACCGGCAGUACUAUUGAAGUCAAGAAGGCGUCCAUCACCUGGCAUUACAGAAACUCUGACCCUGAUUUCGGAGACUUCCAGUGCAAGCAAUGUCUUGAUCUUUUGGAAAGCUCUCUUGCUCCUAGAAGGCCAAUUGAGGUCUUGGUUGGCAAGAAAAAUCUCGAGGUCCGACCCCUGGCGGUCAACAAGGGUGAAAUCGUCAGGAGGUUGAUGUACGAAAACCCGGACGCAGACUUGAUCUUCUGUGCUGGUGACGACAAGACUGACGAGGACAUGUUCCGAGCCCUCCGAACCAUCUUCCCUCCCGGUGGCAUUGUCGACAACAAGGUCGUCAUGAAGCCUCCUGUGGCCGUGACUUCCACUUUGGAACCCGAAGAUGUUGCUGAGCUUCCCGAUGUCGAGCUCAGCAUCCGUCCCAACGAGGUGUUUGCUAUCGCCGUGGGUCCACCUGCCAAGAAGACUCUUGCCAACUGGCAUGUCACUUGCCCCGAAGAGGUCGUCGAGGCUUUGGAGACUAUUUUGGAUGAGAAUGUCAUUGGUAUCUCUUCUGUAUAG